UUGAUAAGCCCGCGGCGGCGGCGCGGCGCGGCGCGGGGAUGGAGACGGGCGGGUGCCGCAUGGGGGGCGCGGGGCCCGGCGGGCCGGCCGCGAUCACGCUGGAGGAGCUGGACGGGCUGGCCGAGGAGAGCCCCGACUCGGCGUACCACAGCCACGGCAGCAGCCUGGAGGAGGAGGCGGCCGAGCGCAUGGACGACGAGGAGCAGGAGCGGCUGCUGCACUACUGGCAGAGCGUGGGCCGGGGGCACCAGGUGGACGUGCCCCGCGACAUGGCAGAGCCCAUCCAGCAGCUGACCAGGAAUAACAACCCCCAGGAGAGGCAGAGCAUCCCCUUCACGCUGAUCCAGCGCAAGGAGAAGCUGGGAGAUCUGCUCUACGAGAAAAGGCAGUAUGGGAAAGCCAAGUGGGCUUGUAUCAAGAUGAAAGAGAAGCAGUACGAGCAGAGCAUCUGCCUGGGCUUCAUGAAGCUCAUGAGGUACAUCUGCGAGCAGAACUCCUCAGGGCUGUACCUGGGGAUCACGGUGCCCAUCGUGACCAUCGUGCACACCAACGAGGCGCACUCGGCCAUGACACAGGCGGUGACAGUGGCCUAUUACCUGCCCGAGGUGCUGCAGGACGAGCCCCCGCACCCCUUUGACUCUGACAUCAUCAUCGAGGAGUGGCCUGCCACCAUCGUCUACAGCAGGAGCUUCCGAGGCAUCACCAACGAAGACUCCAUCAUGAGGGAGAUCAACCUGCUGGCGGCCAUCCUGGAGAGCCCCGAGCUGUGCCUGCGGGACACCUUCAUCAUCGCCGGCUACACCAACCCCGCGGCCGCCGACCGCCACAACGAGAUCUGGUUCCUGCAGCGGCCCUGAGCCCUGCCCUGCCCACGGAGCCUGCCCUGCCCACGGAGCCUGCUCCCUCCCAGGUGAACCCGGGCAGCCUGGCUGGGCCCUCACGGGGGCUCCGGCCGCGCCAGGAGCGCCCAGCCCAGCUCAGCCCACACCCACAGACCCCACGGCAACUCUGGCUUUGACGCAAAUUCCAUGAGGGUUUGAGCACUUUGAAAGUUAGUUCACCUUAUCUAUUAUUUUUUACCAGGUAAGGGAGGCAGAGACCUCUUCCCUCACGCACCUAUUGGCAUCCCUAGCCUGCCUGUGGCUCGGGAUGGCCCCUGGGGACAUCCUGGAGCCCUGACCUGCUCUGGUGCUGCACAAAGACCCCGCUGGGGCUCGCAGUGUGGCACACCAAACCCACCUCACACAGGCACAGAAAGAAUGUCCAGGUCUUAGUUCCUGAGGAGAACCACAGAUUGAGGCCACUGGGAUUAGAGCAUGGAGUAGGAACCGGCCAAAGCUGCCAGUUGUGGCACAGAGAUCCCCAAUGCUUACCUCAGAAAGCUCCCAACCAAAGCACCCCGAGUCUGGAGAGAGACUAAAAAGGCACCACAGUCCUACUGCUCACUCAAGACAGCAGAAUUACAGGUUACCCUCACCACACCCCCCCAGGAAUGCCAUGACUGGCUCUGGCACUCCUAAGGAGACACUGGUUAUUUUAACUGCAGUUUUCUGAACAGUUUAUUCUCGCAGCUUUGCUGGGUGUUAAAACACUGCAGCUGCAGUAAAUUGUUCAGUAUUUCUGGCUCUGCUCUGGCAGUCCCAUGCUGUUAAAGGCAUCAAUGACCCAAAUAUCCCCAGAGAAGAUCUCAGCUGGGAGUGAGCUCGGGCAGCCCCUCUGCUGAGCAUCCCCAGGGACGGGGACCCACAGCUGCUCCGGGCCCUGUCCCAGCUCUGACCACCCUCACUGUGAGAGUUUUUUCUUCCUAAUAUCAAUUUGCUGUUUGUUUUGCCCUUCACCCCUGUGACAAGCCCUCAGCUGCCAGCCUGGCCGGCUGCAGAGGCCGAGCUCCCACAUUCCAGAGCCCCCAGGAGGUGUGGGAGCAGCAUUCCCACUGUUCCACACAGCCCAAAAGCAUCCACGGCACUUUAGAGUCAGGGCAGAAAACAACUCUGCUCUCCAAAAUCCCUCCCUAAUGUCUCCCCUUACUGACAGGAUGCUAGAGUUUAUUCUUAAUAGAAGUAAAUGUCUAUUUAUAUAAAAUUCACUGAGUACAUCACCAGCAUUAUUUAUUGGUUACAGGAUUUAGGGUUCCAACAGAGCUUCUGUGCUCUUAAAUUCCAACACACAGACCAGCAAGCAGAGCCAGUGGCUGCUAACUCACAGCAGGGCAAGAAAACAACUCCAAAAAUGGAUUUGUGGAGGACUUCUGAAACAACCUGAAGCCUCCUGGUCCCACAGGGCUCUGUGCUCAACCCAAAACCUCUCCCUGAGCAGCAGGAUCAGAGUGGCCCUGGCUUAGAUGGGGCCAAGCUGCCCUCUGGUGCCUGCUGGGCAUGGAGAUUCCUCGGGAAGCAGCAAGGAGAAGAGGAAAAGGAAAGAGAGAAUAAAAAAGAGACACAAAAGCCUUAGUUUUAACACAAACAAACCAAGAGUCUUUAUGGAGAGGAGAAAAAAUCUCAAACCAACUAAAAUGCAAUACAGUGUCACAGCCUGGGAGAAGGAAAAUUAAAAAUGCCAGCCAGUAUUACACUAAAAGCACUUAAAUAAAAACACUCAAAUUAUUUUUAAAACUGAGUUGAAUAGAAGGCCCAGGGAGGAAUUAAAUUAAAGGUUUUGUUUUCAUAUCCUCCCCCAGACUUUUAUAAGAGCCAAUAAAAGUAAUUUUCACCUUCAACAAUAUUUUAUGGCAAAUUAAAGAACUUUCUGCCAUCUGAUUGCUUUUGCCAGUUAGAGAAAUUCUCAUAAUGCUUUGGCACAACAAGAUGUUGGAUAGCUCCUGGAAGCAGUGAAAUCCUCUCACCACAGAGCACCAGUUUGUACAUAAAUCACCCUUCAAACCUUUCCUGCAAAAGCAUCUGCUGUGUCUGAUGUCCCUGGCCACCCCUCCUGUGGCUCAGCUCCCCACGGGUGAUGUUCUAGAAACAUCCCUGAACCAUGAGCAGAUCUGAGUGUGCUGAUAUCCCAUCUGCAGCCCAACAUUCCCUGCUGCUUUUGGCAAACUAUCAAUUCCAAGACAGUAUUUAUUUAUUUUGACUUAUGUUAGAUGGCUUCUGCUGCUGAGAAAAAGAAACAAACACCUACUUCAGCUCCAGUUUGGAGAUACACUUCAUGGCUUGGUACCAAGAGCUGUCACUGGCCCUCACGAGCACAGCUCCAGUUUAGCUGACACAAAAUGCAGUUUAUUUAGUUGUUACACCAGUGAAUGCCAAGCAAACAUCACUGUUACUCAGAUCUGACAACAGCAUGUCAGGCAUGAUUGCCUAGAACAGGUAUUUUGUUAUCCAUCCAUGGCUCUACUUCGGGAGCCACUCAUGGAUUUGCAGUUUUAAUGUGAAGUUAUUAGCUUUCCACUCAUGAAAGGAGAUAACAAAUCAGCAUUCACCCCCAUUUUUGGAAGAUUAAAUGAUGUAGCCUUAACAGAUAAGUGUUAUCCUGCAUACUGUGUAUUUUCCAAACCAGAGUUAGUGCCUAAAAAGUUUAUUCCAGCUAUUGUGGUACUCAGGGCCUCGCCUAUUGUAUGUAAAGACAUCUCCCCAGAGCUCGUCUGGCAUUGUUGUGCUGUGCUGUCUGACUGUCCUUGGCUCACACUGAAGUGUUGUCUUGUUUACUGUUUGUCACAAUUAAAGAGAAUGGUUUCAUUGUGCACAGGA